GUAAUCAGCCAGACGAUGAACAUUAUUAAUAUUAUUAAUUAAUAAUUAUUAUAUGAUACAGUCACACUUGUAGCAAUAAUUGUUAGUUCUGUUUGUUGAUUCAGGGUUAGCAUCAUCUGAGGUCCUCUGAGGGGUCAGCAUCAUCUCUUCUCAGGUGUUCUGGAUCCAGACUGGAGCUUGUGUAAAUCCCGUGGCAAAACAUAGAAACAAAAUAGAGACAUCAUUAGCAUAGCACACCCUACAUCCACAUCCUGCAAUGUGACUAUAGUGGAUUCUUACAUCGCGAUAUCGAUGCUUAAACGACACAUUGUGCAGCCCUUUAUUUUUAGUUUUUUCUUUCUUUUUAUUUUUACUGAACAACCUCCUGGUCCCCAUUGUGAAAACGUUCUGCCUAGGCUAUUUCAUUAUAUUUUAUCCAAUGUAAAAUAUUGAUUAUUGCAUUUGUCAAAAUUUCAAAGAUGUCAGGGAAGAGGCAAAGGAGCAUUCUUUCAUGCUUUGCUCUUAAAGAUCAGCUCCCUAAAAAGGUGGCUAGGUCAGAGGAGGAGACUGUGGAGAAGACAGUAGUGGAGGAGGCAGUUAGGGUGCCAGUAGAGGAUGGGUCCAUGGAAGAGACUGAGGAGGACACCAUAAAGGAAACCAUGGAGAACCCACUGGAAACAGGGAGAAAGAGAGGGUUAAGUAGAGCAGCCACCUAUAGGUGUUCCUUUAAGAAGGAGUGGUCAACCCGAUGGCCAUUCAUCACAAUGGGAACCAGCAGCUCUUUUUACUGGUGCUCAGUCUGCAGACAAGAGAGCUCCUGUGCCCAUCAAGGUGUGAGGGACAUAAGCAGGCAUGUGGAAAGCAAAGGACAUCGAACCAAAGAACAGGCUCUAAAAUCAGCCAGCAGUGUUGCACAGGUCUACACACCAGCAACUUCUGUUGGAGGCAUGAGUGUACAAGAGGCCAAGACCAGGAGGGCUGAGGUGAAGGUUGCCAUUGCAAUGGUGCAGCACAAUGUUCCAUUUGCCGUUGCUGACCAUUUCAGCCCCUUGUACAAAGAAUGUUUUAGAGACUCCCCCACGGCUCAGAGCUUUAAGAGCGCAAGCACCAAAACAACGCGCAUCAUAAAUGAAGCAGUGGCACCUCAUUUUAAGAAGGAACUGGUGAUGAAGAUGAGAGAGAAUCCCUGCACACUUGUCACAGAUGGCUCAAAUGACACUGGUCUAGAGAAGAUGAAUCCCCUCACAGUACGAAUAUUUGACAGCAACAAAGUUGUGCACAGAUUCUUUGAUAUGUGCACCACAAGUGGGCGGAACUGUGGAACUGCUGAAGUGAUUUAUAAAAAAAUCAAUGACACCCUGCAGGAAAGCAACAUCCCUUGGAGAAACUGUAUAUCCGGUUUUGAUCCUGAAGAUCUGGCGGUGGAUGUUGGGUAUUGGUUUAAGGGAAGCACCAAUCGUAAAGGUUACCUGGCAGGUUCGUGGUUCAACCAGCUCUACUUUUAUACAACAAAAUGCAGACUUUUUUUAUAUUGA